GGGCAAAAAUUAAAACGUGCACCCCUUUGGGUCUAGAGGACCAGGAUUAAGAAACACUGGCUUAACGGUUAGGUUGUGGUAAAACUUACAAUUGUGUUUAGUGUACAUUUCUGUGGUUAAUUUUAGGGUUUAGGUUUAGGCAUUUGGGUUAAGCAGUAGGGUUAGGUUAAGGUAAAAGGUUAGGCAACUGAAGUAAAGUUAAGAUACUUUAAGAUCUAUGACAUGAGAUCUAGGAUGUUUAUUUACUGCCAUAGUUCUGUCUGUAAAUCAUCAUGUCUGUCCACUCAUUGUGGCAAAAAUGUGGGGUUUUUUUUCUCAAGAAUCCAGAAACAUUAUUCAAAUAAUUCAAAGCUGAGGGGUAUGACAUAAUUCAACACAACUAUCCAACAUUUCUCUCCAUGAAUCAGAAACUAUAGUCACAGCUGGAGGGUAUGAUAUCAUUCACCAACAUUCCUGUCCUGAGUGACCUCACAGGUAGUGGGCAGUCAAGCGGCUCAAUGGAGAUCAAGAUUUGCCUGCUUCUCCAUGUUCUACCACAAGGUGUCACCCUACACAUUCCAUUUAAAAACACACAACCUAAUCAAAGACGAAGGAACGCUCCUCAGGUCUUAUACACUCUCUUCUAAAUUAUUUUUUAACCACAUAAAACAAAUUGAGGGUUUGUGGUUAACUCUUUAAGAGGUUCCAUACCUAGACUUUGCACCUUUUGACUCAGGGAGACCUACAAAAGCAGGUUGUCUCUCACACAUAGUCAAGAGGAGUACAUUGCCUUUGCAAGGUGUUUGGCAGGAGACGGGGAGCAGUAAUAGUCACUACAAUAGUCUCUACAAUAGAAAAGGCCUCUGACGCGUAGAGUUCCAAGACAGCAUGACCCUCCAGGACUCAUCAUGUGCUCUGGUGGAGAAGAAAUACCUGAGCCAACCGUCUCAACUGGUGGUUGACAACCUUUCAGAUUUCAAAACCUGCAGUGAAUCACAAUGUGUGAAAGCCCACAGCAGUGCUUUCUCUAAGCCCCAGAGUCAGAGAGAGAGAAUGAAAUCAGUUUUCACCAAUGUCUCCAAGAUCCCCCUCCUCCUCCUCCUCCUGUACUUGUUCGUCUGCUCGCUGGAUGUCCUGAGUUCUGCCUUCCAGUUAGCCGGAGGUAAGGUGGCUGGGGACAUCUUUAAGGACAAUGCCAUCCUGUCCAACCCAGUGGCUGGUCUGGUAGUGGGUCUCCUAGUGACAGUGCUGGUACAGAGCUCCUCCACUUCCACCUCCAUCAUCGUCAGCCUCGUCUCCUCGGGAUUAAUCAAUGUGAGGUCUGCCAUUCCAAUCAUCAUGGGAUCCAAUAUUGGGACGUCUGUCACCAACACCAUUGUGGCUCUGAUGCAGGCCGGGGAGAGAGAAGAAUUUGAACGGGCAUUUGCCGGAGCGACGCUGCACGACUGUUUCAACUGGCUGUCAGUGCUGGUCCUUCUGCCCCUAGAGGCCUCCACAGGCCUGCUGAGCAGACUCUCUCAGGCAGUGGUGGACGCUUUCCAAAUCCGUUCUGGAGUAGAGGCCCCGGAGCUGCUCAAGGUCAUCACUGAACCACUGACCAAACUCAUUAUACAGUUGGACAAGUCUGUGAUCUCAGGUAUCGCCAUGGGAGACGAGCGCUUGAGGAACAGGAGUCUGGUGAGGGUCUGGUGCAAGAGCCAAACUGUAAUGUCCUCGGUCAGUGACUCCCUCAACUGUACACAACCCUGCUUGCAAAGCCCAACACAGAAUACGACUCCACUUGUAAAUAUGCAAAAAUGUAGGCAUCUGUUUGUGAAUUCCUCAUUGUCAGACCUGGUGGUUGGCUUAAUUCUGCUGGCGUGCUCACUGCUGCUCCUUUGUACCUGUCUGGUGCUGUUGGUCAAGCUGCUCAACUCUCUGCUCCAGGGCCAGGUGGCCAAGGUCAUCCAGAAAAUCAUCAACACAGAUUUCCCCUACCCAUUUGGCUGGCUUGCAGGUUACAUGGCCAUCCUGGUUGGGGCUGUCAUGACAUUCGUGGUCCAGAGCAGCUCAGUGUUCACGUCUGCCAUCACUCCUCUCAUAGGUAUUGGUGUUAUCAGCCUUGAGCGCGCCUACCCUUUGACCCUGGGAUCCAACAUCGGGACAACUACCACAGCUAUCCUGGCAGCGCUGGCGAGCCCCGGAGACAAGCUGGCUGCUGCUUUUCAAUUGGCCUUAUGUCAUUUAUUCUUCAACAUACUGGGCAUUGUACUGUGGUACCCAAUGCCGGUCACCCGCCUGCCCGUCCAUAUGGCCAGGGCUCUAGGGAAGCGCACAGCCAAGUACCGCUGGUUCUCUGUGCUCUACCUGCUCCUGUGCUUCCUGCUCCUGCCCUGCCUCGUCUUCGCCCUGUCCAUGGCUGGCUGGCGGGUGAUGGCGGGGGUGGGGGUGCCCUUGGCCACGGCCCUCCUCCUGGUGUCUGCGGUGAACGUGCUGCAGGUACACAGGCCCGGCAGUCUGCCGGCGAUGCUACGAAGCUGGGACUUCCUGCCCAUCUGGAUGCAUUCCCUUCGACCUCUGGAUACCCUCAUCACAAAGGUGACUCUGGGCUGCGCCGAACAAGACAGAGACCCUGGUCUGAUAGAGGGCCCCGUGGAACCUAAUGGAUUUCAGAAAAAGGGUCCUGUGGCUUUGGACAACCUUGAUCUGUGUUUCAUAGAUGUGGAGUCAGAGACACUCAGAGGCACACGUCUGUAGAUUCAGUCAGAUUAUGUAAUGGAUUGUUGGUCUGUUAUUCACAGAAAUGUGUGUCAUGUAUGUAUAAAUUGCACUUCAUUAAGAGAUAAAUAUAUGAUAUAACACCUGAAGUUAAAUUAAAUUAAACCAGAAGACAGCUUAAAGGGGAAGAGUCUAGUUGUAACUUGCACAUGUAUUAUAAUAUGGAGCAUCUGAUUUCUUAAGAAUGAUACUUGAAACAAUAAUUUGCUAAUUUCAGCUGUGGUUCUACAUCAGAACUCAAACUACAGUAUAUACUUUUCAACUCUACACUGCCUAGCCUCCAAACAUGAUUAAAACACUGAUAUUUAAAUCAUGGAUAUUCAGUCCUUGCAUCCACAGCUCUUUUUAUUAAGUUGAGAGUCAUCACCUCUAU